AUGGCAAAGAGGCAGGCGACUGAACAGAUCACGCGAGAGGCGUUUCACGACGAUGUUUCUGACGAUAAUGAAGAGCGCCCAAAACUAGCAACUUCGCUGGUAUUGGCACAAAGAAAGAUACUCAAACCAAGAGGCAAACUAGGGGACGGCAAUGGCAGUAUUAAAAAGUCUGCUUUCCAAAUACCACUGAGCACUUUCCAAUUUAACCCAUCAACAACUACAUCCUCAACUGCUCGUCCUAAGGCCAAUGACGAAGCAAACAAAAUUAAAGCUUUAAAUUUGAAUUUCAUAAACAAAAUAAACGAAUCGAACAAGGAAAAUGCCAUUGCCGAUUUCUCUCCCAUAGCUGAAAAGUAUAUCAGUUAUUUUAAGGAAAUCAAAAAUGGAACUCUGCCAAAUGAUACAAGGACUGGAACAGCUCAAUCAGACAAGAUUCAGGAAGAUCAAUCAAGUAGCGAUGAUGAAUCAGGAAAGAAUGAAGAUAUAAAGGAGGUAAAAGUAGAGGGACCAAAGUUUAGUUUCACUCCAAAACCUACUUCUUCAUCAUCAUCUCCGUUUACAUUUGAUCCUAAAAAAAUUGCAAAAUUGAACGAAAAAGACUCUGAUGACUCCGAAGAAGAUGUACCUAUCCAAGGACCAACAUUUAAAUUUGAUAAGCCUAUUCAGGAUAACGUAUUUAAAUUGCAAGUUACUCCCAAGACAAACAACGAAGUUGACAAAUCUUCAGAAAAGGCAAAUUCGGGGUCAACCCAGUCAUCAUCGCAGGUUACCUAUGGAUCAAACAAACAGCCGACCUCAUCAGUUUUUGGUUCUGUAUCAAAUUCUGGGUUUAGCUUUGUUACCAAGCCAACGGAAACAAACACGACAAGUGAUCAAAAGAAGGAAGUAACAAAAUCUUUUGACAUAAAAUCUCUGUCCAAUCAGUCAGGCACAAGUGGAUUGUUUAAGUUUGGAUCAACUCAGCCAGCAUUUGGUACAUCCUCCACUGAAAAUGCAUCUACACCUUUUAGCUUUGGCGCAAAGGCUGAUCAAUCCGUCCCAGAGUUGGCUUCCACCCCUAGCUCAACAUCCAAUAACUUUGGAUCAAAAUCUGUGGGAAAUACAUCAUCAGUCCCAGCUUUCAAUUUUGGAGCAAAGCAAGGAAGUUCAGGUCCACUGGUUGGAUCAGAAAACGCUUCCAAUUCUGGAGGAGCUGCAUUCACAUCUGGUCUCUUUGGAUCCAAAUCUGCAGAAAAUACAACAGCAAAGCCAUUCCAGUUUGGUGGAAGUGCAUCUUUCAAGACCAAUGCUUCUAGUACACCAUUCACUAGUAACACGUUCAGCAAAUCUGCAAGUGACAAGCCUACUCUCCCUGAUUCAAGCAAAACAGGUUUUUUAUUCGGGCAAAAACCUGAAAGUACAUCUGCAACCACUGCUCUGUCUCCAUCCAUGAAAACUUUCGAAAAUGCCAACUCAGGUAAUGCCCCAGCGAAUAAUCCAUUUGGAGGACUAGGGUCUACUAAUUUUCAAUGGGGUAAACAAAGUGAGCCAAGUAAAGAGGAAGAAAAAAAAGACGAUGAUAAAGUCGAGGAACACGAAGUGGAAGGCAAUUUUGCACCAGUUGUCCAAAUGAAUGAGAAGCAGGAGAUACAAUCCGGUGAGGAGAACGAAGAAACUAAGUUCACUAUCAGAGCUAAAUUGAUGGAAUUUGACGCAUCAAACUCUACAAAUCCAUACGUAAAUAAAGGAUUGGGAGAGUUAAAGGUAUUAAGAAACAAGGAAACUUCAAAGUCGAGAAUAAUAAUAAGAGCAGACGGCAGUCUCCGUGUUCUCUUGAAUACCUUGCUAUCCAAAGAUAUUUCCUACAGCUCAAUGGGAAAUGGAUCAUUGGUCCGUAUUCCUGUUUUUAGCGGAGAGAACAAAAUCGAAACAUAUGUGGUCAAAGUCAAGACAGCCGAUGACGGUAAAGAACUUUUGGAAACAAUCGAUGAGUUGAAAUCGUAA